GCGGGGUCGAGGCGGCGAUGCGGGGCCGGGGGCGCCUGCCACGGUGGCUGCUGCUGCUGCUGGCACUCUGGGUGCAGGUGGCGCGGCCCAUGGGCUAUUUCGAGCUGCAGCUGAGCGCGCUGCGGAACGUGAACGGGGAGCUGCUGAGCGGCGCCUGCUGUGACGGCGACGGCCGGACGACGCGCGCGGGGGGCUGCGGCCACGACGAGUGCGACACGUACGUGCGCGUGUGCCUGAAGGAGUACCAGGCCAAGGUGACGCCCACGGGGCCCUGCAGCUACGGCCACGGCGCCACGCCCGUACUGGGCGGCAACUCCUUCUACCUGCCGCCGGCGGGCGCUGCGGGGGACCGAGCGCGCGCGCGGGCCCGGGCUGGUGGUGACCCGGAGCCGGGGCUCGUCGUUAUCCCCUUCCAGUUCGCUUGGCCGCGCUCCUUCACCCUCAUCGUGGAGGCCUGGGACUGGGACAACGACACCACCCCCGAUGAGGAGCUGCUGAUCGAGCGGGUGUCCCACGCGGGCAUGAUCAACCCCGAAGACCGCUGGAAGAGCCUCCACUUCAGCGGCCAUGUGGCGCACCUGGAGCUGCAGAUCCGCGUGCGCUGCGAUGACAACUACUACAGUGCCACCUGCAACAAGUUCUGCCGGCCCCGCAACGACUUCUUUGGCCACUACACCUGCGACCAGUACGGCAACAAGGCCUGCAUGGACGGCUGGAUGGGCAAGGAGUGCAAGGAAGCCGUGUGCAAGCAAGGAUGUAACCUGCUCCACGGAGGAUGCGCAGUGCCUGGGGAGUGCAGGUGCAGCUAUGGCUGGCAGGGCAGAUUCUGUGACGAGUGUGUCCCCUACCCUGGCUGUGUGCACGGCAGCUGCGUGGAGCCCUGGCACUGUGACUGUGAGACCAACUGGGGUGGCCUGCUCUGUGAUAAAGACCUGAACUACUGUGGCAACCACCACCCCUGUGUCAACGGGGGCACCUGCAUCAACGCUGAGCCUGACCAGUACCACUGCGCCUGCCCUGAUGGCUAUUCCGGCAAGAACUGCGAGCGGGCUGAGCACGCUUGUGCCUCCAACCCCUGUGCCAAUGGGGGCUCUUGCCAUGAGGUGCCAUCUGGCUUCGAGUGCCACUGCCCAUCAGGCUGGAGUGGGCCCACCUGUGCGCUGGACGUUGACGAGUGCGCCUCGAACCCUUGUGCAGCAGGCGGCACCUGUGUGGACCAGGUGGACGGCUUCGAGUGCAUCUGCCCUGAGCAGUGGGUGGGGGCCACCUGCCAGCUGGACGCCAACGAGUGUGAAGGGAAGCCGUGCCUUAAUGCUUUUUCUUGCAAAAACCUGAUUGGCGGCUAUUACUGUGAUUGCAUCCCGGGCUGGAAGGGCAUCAACUGCCACAUCAAUGUCAAUGACUGUCGUGGGCAGUGUCAGCACGGUGGCACCUGCAAGGACCUGGUGGACGGGUACCAGUGCCUGUGCCCCCGCGGCUUUGGAGGCCGGCACUGCGAGCUGGAGCGUGACGAGUGUGCCAGCAGCCCCUGCCGUGGGGGUGGCAUCUGCGAGGACCUGGUGGAUGGCUUCCGCUGCCACUGUCCCAAGGGCUUGUCAGGGCUCUUCUGCGAGGUGGACGUGGACCUUUGCCAGCCAAGCCCCUGCCUGAAUGGUGCCCGCUGCUACAACCUGGAGGGCGACUACUACUGCGCCUGCCCUGAGGACUUUGGCGGCAAGAACUGCUCGGUGCCCAGGGCGCCCUGCCCUGGUGGAGGCUGCAGAGUAAUCGAUGGCUGCGGCUUGGAGGCAGGGUCCCGGGUGCCUGGCUCGAGGCCCUCCGGUGUGUGUGGCCCCCACGGGCACUGUGUCAGCCAGCCCGGGGGGAACUUCUCCUGUGUCUGCGACAGCGGCUUCACCGGCACCUACUGCCACGAGAACAUUGACGACUGCCUGGGUCAGCCCUGCCGCAAUGGGGGCACCUGCAUCGACGAGGUGGACGCCUUCCGCUGCUUCUGCCCCAGUGGCUGGGAGGGCGAGCUGUGCGACAUCAAUUCCAACGACUGCCUCCCCGACCCCUGCCACAGCCGCGGCCGCUGCCACGACCUGGUCAACGACUUCUACUGCGCCUGCGAUGGCGGCUGGAAGGGCAAGACCUGCCACUCGCGCGAGUUCCAGUGUGACGCCUACACCUGCAGCAAYGGCGGCACCUGCUAUGACAGCGGGGACACCUUCCGCUGCGCCUGUCCCCCGGGCUGGAAGGGCAGCACCUGCACCAUUGCUGAGAAUAGCAGCUGUCUGCCCAACCCGUGCCUGAACGGGGGCACCUGCGUGGGCAGCGGGGACUCCUUCUCCUGCAUCUGCCGGGAGGGCUGGGAAGGCCGCACCUGCACGCACACCUGGGGGGCUGGUGUGGACAGUGUCUGUCUGCCCAUGAGCCUGGGCACCCAGGUCUGGCUGGAGGUGUGCUGGGCAGGUGGCCACUGGACCAAUGGUCUCUCUUCCCUCAAUCCAGACACCAAUGACUGCAACCCUCUGCCCUGCUACAACGGUGGCCUCUGUGUGGACGGGGUCAACUGGUUCCGCUGCGAGUGUGCCCCUGGCUUCGCGGGCCCCGACUGCCGCAUCAACAUCGACGAGUGCCAGUCCUCACCCUGUGCCUACGGGGCCACGUGUGUGGAUGAGAUCGACGGGUAUCGCUGCAGCUGCCCACCUGGCCGAGCUGGCCCCCGAUGCCAGGAAGUGACAGGGUUUGGGAGGUCCUGCUGGUCCCGGGGCACGCCGUUCCCACACGGGAGCUCCUGGCUGGAAGACUGCAACAGCUGCCGCUGCACGGACGGGCACCGAGACUGCAGCAAGGUGUGGUGUGGGUGGAAGCCCUGUCUGCUGUCUGGCCAGCCUGCCGCCCUCAGUGCCCAGUGCCCGCCCGGGCAGCAGUGCCGAGAGAAGGCCCCAGGCCAGUGCCUGCAGCCGCCCUGCGAGGCCUGGGGGGAGUGUGGUGCAGGGGAGCACCUGCCACCCAGCACACCCUGCCUGCCRCGCUCUGGUCACCUGGACAACAACUGUGCACGCCUUACACUACGCUUCGAUGGUGACCAGGUGCCCCGGGGCACCACCGUGGACGCCAUCUGCUCUGGGAUCCGCUCUCUGCCUGCCACAAGGGCAGUGGCCCACGACCGCCUGCUUCUGCUGCUUUGUGACCGGGCCUCUUCAGGGGCCAGUGCAGUGGAGGUGGCCAUGUCCUUCAGCCCUGCGCGGGACCUGGCGGACAGCAGCCUGAUCCAGAGUGCAGCCCAUGCCCUUGUGGCUGCUAUCACACAGCGGGGCAAUAGUUCCCUGCUGCUGGCGGUCACCGAGGUCAAGGUGGAGACGGUCGUCAUGGGCAGCUCUUCCACAGGAGGAGCCAUUGGGCAGUCCAGGUGGGAAGUCUGCCCUGAGGAGUUGUGUGUGGUUCAUGCCAGGACUUGAGUGGACACCACGAGACCUGCAUACCCACCACCAGGACUGGAAGUGCUGAUGCUCAACGAGAAACUUCAGCUGUUUGGCAGGUUUGAAAAGACCAAGUGGACUGUCUAGAAAUGACCAUGCCCCACCCCCCCCACCUCAAGGAGCAGUUUGGCAACUACUCUCAGACCCUAAAGAAGAGAGAGCAGGUGAACUAGAAGAGCUGUCAGGAGAAAUCAUACAGAAUGCGGCCUAGAGGGACACAGAAUGGAAAGUGGACGUGCAGACAAAGGCAGGCUGUCCUGAGGCAGGUCACUGGUGGGGCACCCAUGAGAGAGUGUGGUGGGUAGGGCCAGGAUCCCUGAGCUGCCUGCUGGUGCACGUAGGCACACAGGCCUGCCACUCCCUCUGAGCCUGCCGUCCAGUGUCCUAAGCCCACCUCAGUUCUCCACAUCCCCUGCUCAGGCCUGGCCUGGUCGGCUGCUGAGGAAGGGUGCCCUGCCUAGGUGACCUGAUGCCGCCAGGGGUGGGAACAAGCUGUCCAUGUGCUCUUYCCAGCCUGGCCAUGGCCAACUCAUGCAGAUGGCCACAAUGAAGAGGCCCAGGCAUGGGGCCCGGCACAUUCCACACUGGUCCUGCACUCAAGUCCCUCCUGGGUGAUGGGCUCAUUUCCAUUUCCAGUGCUGGCCCCACUCUUGGUGAGGCUCUGAAGACUGGCCCUGGGGAGUAGAGCCCAGCUCUGCCACUCAGCCCCCAGAGUGUAACCACCCUGCCAGCUUGAAGCUCAGCGGCUUCUUCCCUCCUGGGGUCAGAAGUUCACCUCCAGAGAGGGCCUCCCUGCCAGCAAGUCCAUCAGAAGAAAACUUGCUCACCCAAGCUGGCUGCUCACUGCCCCCAAGGGUGCUGCUGGCCCCCAGGGUUCACCUGGCCAAGAAGAAGGCAGUGUGGGAAAUGUUGGUGCCCGAGGCCAACUGAGUUGGCUCCUGCCACUCCUACAGGUCCUGCAAGCCUGAGGUCAUCCCUGUGGCCCAGUUAGGGAGGACAAGACACUAGGAGCAGUUUGGGGCCCAGAGGCAGACAGCUAUGCCACCCAUCCCUGACCCCCCUCAGCAGGGUGCCUCUUCCAGUGGUGUCCCUCCCAUCUGGUUUCCCCUGGCUGGCAGGCCUGGAGGGCUGGGCAGGGGGUGUCUGUGGAAAGAUGGGGCAGCUCCACCAUCAAGGAGCAGGUGCCCAGCUGCCCUGACCUGGGACAGUGGGUUUAAGAGCAUCAGGCCAAGUCUGAACCUAGGCAUGGGACUUCUGAGAACUGACCAAGUGGCCAGGCUGUCCUGUGCCCUUGGACCUGCUCCAGCUGGGGUCUGGUGGCUGCGUGACCAGCACAGCAGGAGACUUCGUUUGUGCUGAGACGCAGACGCUGGGCAGGGGGGCAGGGAGGGUGGGCGAAUCCCUUAAGGGGAUGAAGAGCAGGACCCUGAAAAGAGGGGUCCCGGGUAGGCAGCACAGGUCGGGUAGCCUGGAGGGCGGCUAAGGCUCCUCGUGGUCAGGUGGGGGCUGGCUGCAUGGCUCCAGGGAUGGGGAAAGGUCUGAGUGCUGCUCAGGGAGCCACAGAGACCCAGUGGUGGGCACCUAGCUGGGGUCUGGGCAGCAGGUGCUCAGUCCUCAGCCAGAGGACACAGACCCGCCCCACAUGUCCCCACCACUGCAUGCAGGUGAGUGACCAGUGCUCAGUGGCCAACACUGCCAGUCCAACGCAGGGCAGGGCCUCACACACACACCUGGAAUGCCUGGCUCCCGGGCUGGGUCAGGUUGCCUUCCCCGUCCCCUGCGUCAGGGCAGGGCAGGGACUGGGACCGGAUGGAGAGGGCACCCCACUGCUGGCUGUGUGUGGGCAGCUCUGAGGCCCUGGAGCAGCACCUCUAGCACCCAUUGCCACUAGGGCCACAUGCCUGGCUCCUCCUGGCUGGCUGCUUCCUUGGCAUUUGGCCCUGGGGACCAGGCCAGCUGGUUCUGCCUGGCGACAGCUCUGACGGCCGUUGUCUCCGAAGAAACCGGCCCCAGGGUGCAGAGAGGAGGUUCCACACGGGGAAUCUGUCCCAGGGUGGCUAAGCCCAUUAACCCCUGCAGGCCAGGCCACAUGCAGCUGGCAUGGGCCCCGUGGUGGCCGUAGGCUCAAGUCCAGCUGCCCACGUCCCAGCUGGGCUCACCCCUUCCUCAUCAGACCCCCAGGCUGAGGUCCCCCAAGGAGCCCCGGUCAGCAUGACCAGGGGGGUUUCAGAUGGGGAGCAGUGGGGAUCACAGACCCUUACACCAACGGGACAGCCUGGGAGGAAGGUAUGCCCCCGACAUGCUGUGGCCCCUGGCCCCAGAUGCUUACUGCAGAGGUGGCCAGGGUGUGGCCUUGGGGGAGCACGCCAGAGGGGGCGAGAUCCUGAGGAGGGCAUGCGCCUGGAGUGCAGGUCAGGGGAGGCCUGGUUGUCCAGCAGUGGGCCUUAGGAGGCCACAGGCAAGCUCUCCUUCCUGUGGGGGUCCAGCUAGCCCAGGGCUGGAGGGUGUGGCCCUCAGGGAUCCCUUCUUCAUGCAGCUAUUCCACCUGGUACUGACCCUGGGGGGAGCUUCCGCAGAGAAGCCAGGUGGCGAGGCUGACACAAGAUGGCCGGGAGGCUGCCCGGGCCCCAAGCCCAUGGUCACCAGCUUCAUUAUUCCAAUGGCCCCAGGUCACUCCCUUUCCUAACUAGAGGUCUUUGGGUGGUCCAARGGCCUCCACCCAAGGCUGGCUCUGGAUGAGGUCAGGAGAUGGGCCUGAGCAGCCCCCACCGUGUCCACGCAGGGCAGAAGGCUUUGCAUUGGGUGUGGUGAGCUCAGAGCUCAGCUCUCUUGUUUUUUAAUUAGAAAUUGUUAUGGAUUUUUGGUUGACCUUUCGGUCUGCAAUCCAUUUUGAGUUGGUUUUGCAUAUGGUGAGUGCUGUGGACCACAGGUCUUUUUACUUCACACGGAUACUCACUUGUUAUGGGCUGUGUGCUAGAAGUCUCCUUUGUCCACUCUGUACCUUUACACACUUGUUAGAAGUCACAYGAUCUGCACGCCCAUAAUCCCAGCUGUUCUGGAGGCUGAGGCAGGAGGAUCGCCAGCUCAAAGCCAGCC